AAGCAUCGGGUGAUGCAGCAGCAUGCCAUCGUUCCAUCGGCUCUCAGUGAGCAGCGGGGAAGCUGUCUUUCACACCGGGAGGCCAGACUGUGCUUACCAGCCAAGCUCACUCACAAGUAGCUCUCGUAGCCUCUAAAGCUCUGUUUCACCAUGCUGACCCGUCUGUUCCGUAUGCAUGGCCUCCUGGUGGCCUCCCACCCCUGGGAGGUGAUCGUUGGCACCGUCACCCUAACCAUCUGUAUGAUGUCCAUGAACAUGUUCACUGGCAAUGACCAGAUCUGUGGCUGGAACUUUGACUGCCCCAAAACAGAGGAGCAAAUUUUGAGCAGUGACAUCAUCAUCCUGACUAUCACACGUUGCAUUGCUAUCGUCUAUAUUUACUUCCAGUUCCAGAACUUGAGACAACUGGGAUCCAAAUAUAUUUUAGGCAUUGCUGGUCUUUUCACCAUAUUCUCCAGCUUUGUAUUCAGCACAGUGGUCAUUCACUUCCUUGAUAAAGAGCUCACAGGCCUCAAUGAGGCUUUGCCCUUCUUCCUGCUUCUCAUCGACCUCUCUAAAGCGUGCGCUCUUGCCAAGUUCGCCUUAAGCUCCAAUUCUCAGGAAGAAGUGAGGGACAACAUUGCUCGGGGCAUGGCAGUACUGGGACCUACCUUUACUCUGGACGCCCUGGUGGAGUGCUUAGUAAUCGGAGUGGGAACCAUGUCAGGUGUGCGACAGUUGGAAAUCAUGUGCUGCUUUGGCUGCAUGUCUGUCUUGGCCAACUACUUUGUGUUCAUGACUUUCUUCCCUGCGUGUGUCUCAUUGGUGCUGGAGUUGUCGCGUGAGCGUCAGGAGGGCCAUCCUAUCUGGCAGCUGAGCCACUUCUCCAGAGUGAUGGAGGAGGAGGAGGACAACAAACCCAACCCUGUGACGCAGAGAGUGAAAAUGAUCAUGUCUCUGGGCCUGGUGAUGGUUCACGCCCACAGCCGCUGGAUCGCAGAGCCCUCGUCUUUCAACACCACAGUGGGCAUCCCACAGGUCGGCAUGGAGGUGGACCACCUCUCACCCAGGAGGAUUGAGCCAGAGAAACCGCUGUGGUACUUCUACCUCACUAGGAUGAUAACCAUGGACAUAGAGCAGGUGAUCUGUCUGGCCUUGGCCCUGCUGCUGGCUAUCAAGUACAUCUUCUUUGAGCAGGUUGAGAUGGAGUCUACACUGUCACUGAAGAACCCCAUCACUAUGUCCGCCCCCACCCUGACCCCGCGGCGGCCCACUGAGACCUGCUGCAGGAAGGAGCCGUACGCUCCACAACCCCUCGUCCCCGCCAGGAAUGUGGCUGCCCCAGAACCCACCAACAAGACAGAGAGAGAUGAGGUUAUCCGGCCCCUGUCUGCCCUUGCCGCAGAUCCCCAGCCAAAGAGCUUUUUUGUCAUAGGGGAGGAAGAGUUCAAGUCUGAGGUGGAUCAGCCGAGCCUACCCCCAAAGUCCAGAGGCCUGGACGAAUGUGUGGCCAUCCUCAACAACCCUGAUCUGGGGCCUCGUUUCCUGAGCGAUGCUGAGGUGAUGCUGCUGGUCAACUCCAAACACAUCCCUGCAUACAAACUGGAGGCCAUGAUGGAGAGACCAGAGAGAGGAGUGGGUAUACGAAGACAGAUUAUUUCUGCGAAGCUCCCUUCUCCUUCUGCACUCUCCUCCUUGCCGUACGCCAACUACGACUACUCCAAGGUUAUGGGCUCCUGCUGUGAGAAUGUGAUUGGCUACAUGCCUGUACCAGUGGGCGUGGCUGGACCGCUGCAUCUGGAUGGGAAGCAGUUCCAGGUUCCCAUGGCAACCACGGAGGGCUGCUUGGUUGCCAGCACCAACCGUGGUUGUCGUGCAAUCGCCCUGGGAGGCGGAGCCAGCAGUCGCAUCCUGGCUGACAGCAUGACACGAGGACCCGUAGUGAGGCUGCCCUCUGCCUGCCAGGCUGCCGAGGUCAAGGCCUGGCUGGAGAGCACAGAUGGUUUUCAUGUCAUCAAAGAGGCGUUUGACAACACCAGCAGGUUUGCUCGACUCCAGAAGGUGCUGGUUUGUCUGGCUGGGAGAAAUCUCUACAUCCGCUUCCAUUCCAAGACUGGAGAUGCCAUGGGGAUGAAUAUGAUCUCUAAGGGUACAGAGCAGGCUCUGAGCAGACUGCAGCACCAUUUCCCAGAGCUGCAGGUGGUUGCUGUCAGUGGGAACUUCUGUACCGACAAGAAACCAGCUGCCAUCAACUGGAUUGAAGGCAGGGGCAAGUCCGCUGUCUGUGAGGCCACCAUACCUGCUAAAGUGGUCAGAGAGGUUUUGAAAACAACGACAGAAGCUCUGGUGGAGGUGAACAUCAGUAAGAACCUGGUGGGCUCAGCCAUGGCAGGUAGCAUCGGUGGAUUUAACGCCCAUGCAGCCAACCUCGUGGCUGCCAUCUACAUAGCCUGUGGACAGGAUCCAGCCCAGUCAGUGGGCAGCAGUAACUGCAUCACCCUGAUGGAAGCAUCAGGACCAGCAGGGGAGGACCUGUACAUCAGCUGCACCAUGCCCUCUAUAGAGCUGGGCACUGUAGGAGGAGGCACCAAUCUGCCACCCCAGCAAGCCUGCCUCCAGAUGCUGGGUGUGCAGGGAGCCAGUCAGGACUGUCCAGGGGAGAAUGCCCGGCAGCUUGCCAGGGUGGUGUGUGCCACUGUGCUGGCUGGAGAGCUCUCACUGAUGGCUGCUCUGGCUGCUGGCCACCUGGUCAAGAGUCACAUGACACACAACCGAUCCAAGGUGAACCUACAGGAGACUCCAGGAACAUGCACACAGAAAGCCUCCUGAGAGCAGCUCAGCCUCCUUCAGCUAGCCCAGGUCACUGGGCAGGGCAGAACCCAGGGGCAAGAUGGCCAAUCAAAAGGACUAAUCAUUCAUCAAUGAAAACAGACCUCAGACAUCUUCAAGUGCUCUCAAAGAGACGCAGCUGGAUAUGAAAAGGAUCCUUACACGCUAAUCAGACUACUCUGAUGGAGUAUAGACAUUUUCUGUAUCUGUUUGUAUUUCAUGGUUUUUAUGGAGCUGGCUAGGUACAGUUAAUUGCUGCUUGCUUAUUUUAUUUCCACAUUUAAGAAUGCUAUCAGGUUUUUGGGAAACAUAAAACACGUCUGCUGAAGCUGUUGCCAAAUACAGCAUGGUGAACACAGAAACAACCCUAACCUAACAGGUGAAUGUUGGUGGUUGUUGAAAUUCCGAAUAGUCAUUAAAUUAUAAAAAAAAUUGUUUAUGCAACUAUCGUUUUGUCUUGACUCUACUACCACAAUGUCCCCUUCAUCAGUAGAGUGGUCCGGACCGCGAGUUACCAGCUUUACUCUCUCCAAACAUACUGUGGAGAUGUGUUACCAGCUACAAGCCAGGCUAAAUUAAUCUAAGAAAGCAGUGCACUCCUGACCACAGUCUGGGGACAAACAUCUAGAAAAGGUAAGACAGGUAAAGCUAGCAGAACACAAGUCUAUGAACAGGUAAGAAAAGCCUAACUAACCCUAAAUAAAAAAAGGCUUCAGAUGCUGACGGGACUAGGCAACAAAUCAUUAGCGUGUUCAUGAUGAGUUCUACUGUAUAAUUACCAUAAAGAAACAAAAGGUAUGGCUCAUCUGACCACUACCAAAGGACAUGGCUGGCUGGAAGUCAUGCUGGAAGGGCUGCCCAUUGACUACAGAAGUGAUGUGUGUUGAAUGUGUGGAAACAAAGUGCAGAGAGUUGACAUUUGCAUGUGUCAGGUACUGUAAUCCAUCACAUGGUGUCUGCUUUUAAUCAAGACAAAGUUCUGUUUACACUGUGUGGUGAUGCAGUGACAGACUUUUCAAACCAGUCUGCAUUUUAAACUACAUUAGCAUGCACCAUUGGUGCUUUAAAAUGUAAUGUGGUUUCAGUCAUAACGAGUUUUCCUGUUCCAGCCGAUGACAAAUAUUUUGGAUAUAUUUUGUAAUAAAUACAAAAGGACUUUACAAUGA